AUGAAGUCCCCAAAGCGCUGCAGGGAGAGCACUCUUCACUCAGAGGCAAAGAGAGCCGUCUCACUCACCACGGUCACACUGGGGCAGGUUCUGAGAGGCAGAGGAAACAGAGGACUCAGGAGUACUGCCCACUCAGCCGCCGUGUCAGCCGCCGUGCCAGCCGCCGUGCCAGCCGCCGUGCCAGCCGCCGUGCCAGCCGCCGUGCCAGCCGCCGUGCCAGCCGCCGUGCCAGCCGCCGUGCCAGCCGCCGUGCCAGCCGCCGUGCCGCCACAUCACAAACUCAAUGUCACCGUCUAG